ACUCGUGGCCAUAAUAUAGCCGAUCUCGACCCUCUAGGAAUCAAUAGCGCCGAUCUCGAUGACACCAUACCGCCGGAACUUGAGCUUUCUUUCUAUGGAUUCGGAGAACGUGAUCUGGACAGAGAGUUUUUGCUACCACCAACUACUUUCAUCGGCGGUGAUAAGCAAUCCCUCACUCUGCGCGAAAUCCUGCACAGGCUAAAGCAAAUUUAUUGUAAAACCACUGGUAUUGAGUAUAUGCACCUGAACAAUCUUGAACAACAAGAGUGGAUUCGUAAGCACUUCGAAGCACCCCGUGUAACAGAGCUGUCGCAUGAUCAGAAGAAGGUGUUGUUCAAACGUCUCAUUCGCUCAACCAAAUUCGAGGAAUUUCUCGCCAAGAAAUGGCCCAGUGAGAAACGGUUCGGUUUGGAAGGAUGCGAGGUCCUGAUUCCGGCUCUGAAGCAGGUAACAUUGCCUAUGAUAAGCGAUCAGGGUUUGUUUCUGAAUUUCUUCCUCUUGUUUNCUGUUUAUUUUUCAGACUCGUGGCCAUAA